AUAGAGCUGAGAGGAUCGGCCCACAGAUGGACUCCAAUGGAGGUCAGGCUCUAAUCACCAUGGUCGCUUUGGCUGUAGCGAGAGUGUUACAAGUCUGUAAUUUUUGUAUCACGAACUCGAGGAGAAAUAGGGGCUCGGAGUCAACCUUGAGACUGGACGAUGGGUCUGGAGAAGAGGAGGAGGCAUUAAGGAGGGACUCAGAGUCAACCUUGAGAACCGACAAUGCAUCUAACGAAGAGUACGAUGUGUUCUUGAGCUUCCGGGGACCGGAUACUCGCAAUGGAUUCACCAGUUGCCUCUACAAUGGCUUGAGAAAUGCGGGAAUCUGCAUUUUCUACGACAACGAAGAACUCAAGGAGAUUGCGCACAUGGUAAAAUGCACGUCAACAUCUAAUGGGAAGAAAGAAAUACUUCCCAUCUUCUACGACGUGAAUAUUGAUGAUGUUAAGCUCAAAACCAAGUUGUAUAAAAAAGCCAUGUCCGAGCACCAGAAGAAGUUUCGCUCCGAUGAAUUGAAGCGGUGGGAAGAUGCCCUUCUUGAGGUUGCAAGUAUGAAGGGAUGGGAUCUUAAAGGCAAAGGAUACCGCUCGAUGGAAGCCAUUAUGGAGUUGUUGGAUGUUCGCUCCGGUGGUGUACGUUUUGUUGGUAUCGAUGGCAUGGGUGGUGUUGGAAAACAACUCUUGCCAAAAAUUGCAGAAAAAGCUCUUAUCGAUUUGACCAGUCAUGGGAUUGCUAACAAAAUUAAAGAUGGUGAUGAUGGAAUCAAUAUGAUAAAACAAGCAUUGAGUAACAAAGAAGUACUUAUUGUACUUGAUGAUCUAGACAAGAAAGAGCAACUCAAAAAUUUAGCCGGAAAAUCCGAUUGGUUUUGUUCUGGCAGCAGAAUCAUUAUCACAACUAGAGAUGAAAGCGUCCUGAUGGCUCAAGUGGGCGUAUUUAGUAAAGAGGUCCUCAACCAACCUGAAGAAGUGACUCCGCUCCAGAAGAAUAUGGUGCUCUCUCAACAGAAAUUGUUCAUACAAAGGGGCAUGCUUCCCUUGGCCGUCGCGGUGAUAGGGUCCAAUCUUUUUGACUGGGGCAAAGAUUUGGAGCAUUCAGAUAAAAGAGAAGUAUGGGACGAGACACUAAAGAAGUUAAAGGAAGGUCCUUUUAAGGAUGUCCAAGAUACAUUAAUGAUAAGUUAUGAAAGAUUAGAGGAUAAGCACCAAGAAAUAUUUUUGGAUAUUGCUUGCUUUUUCAUCACUACCGACAAAACAUAUCCGGUUAUCAUGUGGAAGGAUUGUGGAUACUUUCCCAGCAUUGCAAUGAGGGUUCUAUCUCAAAGGUCCUUUAUCAAAAUUAAAGAGGACAAUAGAUUUUGGAUGCAUGAUCAAGUUCGAGACUUUGGAAGGUACAUUGUUCUUCAAAUAUAUCCUCGCAAGUUUUGUAGGGUGUGGAUUCCCAAGGAUGCCCUGAAACUACUGGAAGGAAAAAAGAGAAAUGAAGAUGUGGAAGCACUAAGCAUGACUUCCGAUGGCUGCAGCCAUAGCAUUGAAUCUAAAGAAUUAGUUGCUCUACCAAAUCUAAGGUUCUUUCGAAUGAAAGGCAUCGAUAUUUUGGGCAACUUCAAGAACCUUCUUUUGGAGCUAAGAUGGUUUUCUUGGGAAAUUACGCAUAAGGAAUUUUAUGCAAAGAGUUUUCAUUUUCCUAAUUUGGUUGUGCUAGACCUUUCAAGAAGCAAUAUCCAAGAUGACUGGGGUGGAUGGAGUCAAAUGCAGCUCGGAACAGAGAGGAAGCUUGAAACAGAGAAGUUAGACUGUACUGAAGACAAGUCUAUGGCUGUCAUUGGAGAAGCUUGGAAGAAGUAG